AUGGGCCGACCACGCUCUCUUGUCCCGCCCUGCAGGUUCUGCCAAAAGCAGUUCAAGCGACAAGAACAUCUUCGGCGACAUGAGCGCACCCAUACACACGAGAAGCCCUUCAUAUGUGAAUGUGGCGGAAGAUUUGCACGACAAGAUAUGUUGACGCGCCAUCUACGGCUGUCUCACAAGGACAGCCCCCUGUAUUCUGAUGUAAAUGUUGAUGAUCCAUCCUCGCUACCCCAGCAGGAUGGGGAAUCGAACCUUUUCGGCGCUCUUGAGCUUGAUGGCACCCAGGGGACCGGCUCCACCAUUACUGAGGCUGGGUUCUCUUUAUCCCAACAUAUUCCUACUUGCGACCCGCCAGACAUUCAAAGUGACCCUAUUGGAUUCCCCAUUGAAGCAGAUCCCAUGGGAACUGUGGCAGAGAAAACUGCUGAUCAAACAAUACCGUGGAAUGAGACCGAUGAUUUAGACUUUCUUUGGAACGAUUCGCGUCCAUUUUCGGAGGUUCUACCUGCUAGCUUCUUCGACACGAACCUCUCUUUAGUGGAUAUUUCCCAACAAUAUCAAGUUCCUCUCGUGGAGCAACAGCAAAGCUCCGAACAAGCAGAGCAAGGGCAACCAAAUAUCAAUAAUCCCCUAGACAUAAACACAGAGCCCAACAUGGACCACGAAAAUCACCCCAUCGCUGCCGAGGAAGAGGGAGAUCCAUCUCAAAACCGUGAAUUGAAAGGGAAUUAUGCUCCUUCAGUUUCCCCUUGGAAACUGACGCCUUCAGAUUAUGCAGGGCUUUCCAAUGACAUCAAGGAGCUCGCCUUUGUUCUCCCGUCAUCUUUUUCCUUGCCUUCCCGACACACUGUCUCUCGCUUCCUGGAAGGAUUCUUUCGCAGUUAUCAUGAUCAUAUGCCAUUCCUCCACAUCCCAUCCUCCUCUGCGUCCACGCUCGGCACAGAACUCAUUUUAUCACUGGCGGCGGUGGGAGCGUUCUAUCGCUUUGAAGAUGCAAAAGGGUACAUGAUUUACCAUGCCGCACGGACACUCAUCAACUGGCGUCUCGACCAACGCAGCGGCCUGGGAAUUUCGGAUCUAACAAAGACUUCCCACGGCUACGCGGAUACUUCGAACAUACGAGAUCCCCCGAAGAGCUGCCCUACCAUCAAUAACGAUGAAGAUGCUCACACUGGUUUAUCUAGAAAAACUCCGAAGCUUUUACGUUUGUUGCAGGGACUUAUAGCCUUGAUGACCGUGGCAUCAUGGGGCGAUCGUGCUGUAGUGGGUGACUCACUCUCGAUGUCCGGCCAAGUCGCUAUGUUAGUCCGUGAAAUCGGCAUCUCUAAACCGGACGCAGGCCACGAGACAUCUUCUUGGGAAGACUGGGUGGAGACGGAGGAGCGCCGUCGAACACUAUGGGUGGCAUAUGCUCAAUCCAACUUACUAUGCCUGGCCUUUCAUUUUCCACCUACGAUCCUGAACCAGGAAGUACUUUUGACCUUGCCAUCUUGCGGCGAAGAAUGGAACGCCUCGAAUCGCCAAGAAUGGAGACAUAUGCGAAGAUUUCAUAUACCUGACUCCAGAAACUUCCAGCAAGCUUUGGGAGAGAUUCUCCAGGGGCAUCAAAUUCACGAGCCGGUGGCAAUCUCUGCCUUCGCGAAUUAUGUACUCAUCCACGGCUUAUUUCAAGAAAUCUUCUUCGCUCGCAACACAUCUUCUCUGGUAGAUCAAGCCACCGGGUCUUUUUCAAUGAGCUUCGUGCAGGCAAUGGAAUCGGCACUGCGAGCUUGGCAAAAUUCCUGGGAGGCAACCUAUGAGUCCACCCUGGAUCCCUUAUCUCCUAGAGGUCCUAUGGGAUUCAACGCGACAGCAAUUUUGCGCUUAGCAUAUAUUCGUCUCAACGCCAACACAGGACCGCACCGUCAACUAAGUACUCGGAAUGCCGAGGAAAUUGCCCGUGCCCUUAUCGAUGGCCGACCUGCUGUCUGUCAACGUUCCCCGUUUCUUGACCGUGCAGUUUUGCAGUGCAUCCACGCACUAAGCGUUCCUGUCCGGUCGGGAAUAAAGUUCAUAGCACGCACUCAAACGCUGAGCUGGAGCAUGCAGCAUUCGCUUUGCAACCUUGAAUGUACAUUCCUUCUCAACCAUUGGCUCCAGGAGAUUGCUCGAUGUAUAGAAGUGUUUGGCGUUCAAAAUUUACGGGACGAUGAGCGUAAGCUCCUCCGCAUGAUUUAUACUGUUAUCAGAGAGGCAGAUCUUACCGAGCUUUUAAAUUGGGCGGAUGAUGAUGCGGAAGCAGUCCGCCGUCUCGCAGCAUCUACCGCUCGACUGUGGGUGGAAACCUUUGGAGGGUUUCAUGUAUUCAAUAUCUCUCAGGUGAUAGGCGAGAGCGUUACAAUUAUUGCUGAUCUCCUGGAUUCACGGCCGGCUUCGGUUUGA